CUUUGGCCAAUCUGAUAUUUGGGGCUUGAUGGAUGCACGAUCACCAUUUCGUCUGUCUCUGUUCGAAUUGGCCGGCGGGUUGCCAUCGAUAAUGAUGUCUGUCUGAUGACUACCAACUACCGACUCCGAAUAAUGCAGAGAACAUUGUUUACAGAUAACACAGCAAAUGUGAUUUUGAUUUGAGUUGUUGUGAUUUUGAUGAGAAUAUCGAAGGGAGACAAAUCACGAUGGUUUUUAACCGUGUGAUGCCUGUUUUGGUAUCGUAUCGCGUCCCGAAGACGGCAGACGACACUCAGAAAACGCGUUGGGAAAAAGAUGAUUUAGGAAGCGCGGAUUUUUGGCGGGCAGUCAUCGCAGAAUGCUUAGCUCUCACCAUCUUCAUCCCCAUAGCUCCGGGAUCAUCGGUUGGCUGGUCGGGGAGUAAUACCCCAACAAAUACCCUCAUAGCUCUAGCAAAUGGACUUGGAAUCGCUACUUUGAUCCAGUGCUUCUCACACGUGAGCGGGGCUCACUUUAAUCCGUCCGUGACCGUCCCGCUAGUUAUUUACCGGCAGAUCAGCAUUGUCAGGGGACUGUGCUAUGUGGUGGCUCAGUGCUUGGGCUCCGCGUGUGGAGCUGCCAUUCUCAAGUUCGUAACCCCGGUCGACAAGCAAACCAAUGUCGGUGUAACCCUGAUCAAUUACGAUGAAGGGGUGUCGUUAUGGCAAGGCUUCGGGGUCGAGUUCGUGAUCACAUUCCACCUCGUUCUCAUGGUGUUUGCAACCAUUGACUCACGGAGGACUGACAUACAGGGCUCAUCUGCAUUAGCCAUCGGGUUCACAGUAGCAACAGGGCUCCUCUAUGGCAUUCCAUACACUGGAGCGAGUAUGAAUCCUGCACGGUCGUUUGGUCCGGCGUUAGUUGCUAAUUAUUGGGUGGACCAUUGGGUAUACUGGGUGUCACCCAUCGUUGCAGGGAUUUCGGCAGCUUCCACAUACAAAUUCCUCUUCACCGACAAAGCCGCCAUUUCUAGGCUGACGUCAUGUUGUUGCAGAUCGAAAAGUCGCGACGUUGGCAGACGACGGAGUUAUAUUCACGACCCCAAUCUUCCGACAACUGAAGCAACCAACGUCUAAAAACAUCGUUCAGACGUUUCCGGGUAACCGCUUCUAAAAUCGGCAAAAUUAUGCUUGUGAAAUAGAAGGAAAGAGGUAUUAUUUUGAGAAAAUCAUAGCCUAAACUGCCUCCGCUGGCCUCUAUAUUUGCCCUUACUGUACGUUCCUCUGUGAUCUGUAUGUUA